AUGUCUACAUACAGUGAAUCAACUUUGCAUCUCGAUAGUGACGGUGAAGAGGUGGAAUUCACCAGUGUUAACGGUGAUGGUAGUGAUAGAGAUACGUUAGAGAAAGAGGAUUGUAAUGGUCAUAAAUGUUUAAGUGAAGUUACAGAUGAAGAUAUAAGAGCUAUGGAAUUUAGCACAGAGGAAGAAGCGAUACAAUUUUACAUAACAUAUGCGCAUUUCCAUGGAUUUGCGGUAAGGAAAGAUGAUGUUGUACGCGAUCAUGAAAGGAAAAUUGUUGUCCGUCAAUUACUUUGCAAUAAAGAAGGAAAGAGUGAAAGAAAAAAUAAGAAGAAUGAGGAUAAAUAUCGGCAAACUAUGCGAACUGGCUGUCUUGCUAGAUUUCGAGUAGCCUAUGAUUAUGUUCGUAAGGUUUGGAGAGUUACUAAAUUUGAGUCAUCUCAUAACCAUGAAUUAACUCCUGCACGUUUUAUUCAUUUGAUUCCCAAUUAUCGUAAAUUAAGUGAAGCGGAUAAACAAGUUGUCAAUGGUUUGCAUUUGUCAUACCCUAAUUUUUGA